AUUAAUCACUGCUCCACCGGGACACGCGGACAUGGGGCCUCGCUCCACGACUCUCGACAUUCACAAAAGACAAAAAUCAUGGCGUUGUGUCUUUCCCUGUUCUAGCGGAAGAUCUACUCUCUUCUUGCACGUGUCUAGAGAAGUGGAGCGAGGGCCAUGCAGACGUGUACGUUGGGCACACGCCGACAUGUGCACGUGUACAUCCGAAUUGCAUGUGUCUGCGCUGGCGGGCGGGUGGACCUGUCGGAACUGAGGGGGGGCGGGGGUGAGGGGGGGCGAUUGUGGGAGGCGGAUUCGCCGUUCGAAUUCGAACAGAGCCGCACCCCGCCCACCUCCCUCCCGCCCCAUUUCCAAGUCCUUGUAGGCUUCAAUCCCCUCCCCGCGUGGAUAUUUUCGGCAUCAUCGGCGUUUUCCCGGUCGUCGUUUUCGAUGUUGUUGUCGUCGCCACAAUUGCCGUCUUCGGGGUUAACCAUCGCUGCCGAGUGCCAGAUGGACAUCAGCCCAUAGCGAGCUUGUUUCGGUUUUCUCACUGUGUACUUACUUUGAUAUGCGUUCUUCUCACCUGCGGUAAGUGCGAGUUAUGACAAGUUUUCAUAAAAAAGACGGGAACGUCCUCCUGCGUUUUUCUUAUGUCCCAUCUGUUAGAGGGUACGUCAGAUUUGACAGGGCACUCGAAGGCCAUGACCAUGGCGAACCCGGCGAGCGAAGGAUCAUUACAACCGCUGUUGCACGAAAAACUUGAAGAGGCGUAUGGUGGUGAAUGUGACUCGGAAGAAGUGAGACUGCAUGUUGCAGAGGAUGUUGACAGCGGACCUUAUUUCCGGGUUGAUGACGAUAAGUCUGACGUAGACACAGAUAUCCACCUCCUAGGCGACAUUGAUUCCCCUACGCACCAGCGAUUCAACCACGCGCUGUCUAUGCCUGCGUUUUUGGGUCGUCCGAAAUUGGGAAGACAGCAAAACACAGAAGGGAGUGGGGAGCUAGAAAGGCAGCAUGGCUCAUCAGUCCAUCACAUUCGUACCGGCUUACGGAUUCUGCACUUGGAUCACUCUCGAUCAUCGUGGGGCUGUCUAUCGUGGACAGUGGGACUGUUGAUGAUUGUAGUUAUACCGUUUCUAAGGUUUGCAUUCGUUCAUCCUUUGGAUGACGAGGACCCGGCUACGUCUCCACUCCCAUUCCGGUCGGUCGUCUUUAUACUUGAAUUCUUCCCAUCAGCCAUCUCGUUUGUGUGUUUCCAUCACAUGCUCCGUACGCAUGGGCUACGGGGAGUCCUGUUCCUUGAUGCUGUGCACGACGAACCAUACGAGAUACGACAAGCAUAUGAAAGGAGCCUCAGGUCAGUGAUGAGACUGCUAUUCAAGUUAACGUCCCCGGCGUUCGCUUUGCACGUGAUUCAAAAAGCGCUCAUUUAUGUUUAUAUUCCUCUGGCCCCAUUCCCAAUCACGACGGGUCAUUGGAGAGUGGACUUAGGCGUGGUAUUCGUCAUCACUUCGUUGGCAUGGCUAUUCCAGACGACAACGUUUCUUUUUGUAUGCGUCAUCUUUUGGAAAAUCUGCUCACUUCAGGUUUUAAAAAUGAGACAUUACAGUUUCCAGCUGCAGAAGUACGAUGAUUCUUCUAAGCUGUUCUUCGCGUACUCACGGAUAAUCCGAGGGCUGGGAAUCAUUAGCCAUCGAUUCCGAGGCUUUCUAUCACUCUCGGGAGUGAUCAUCGUACUUGGAACCUUGGCCUCUAUGUACAAUGUCGUACAAGCGCGGAAGGGCAAUCUCUCAUUCAUCAACACCGGGGAACUUGCAGUGUGUAACUGUUUGUACUUGAUGGGGGGAGGUCUUUGCUUGAGGUCUGCUUCACGAAUUGCUCAUCAGCACCGCCGCAUCGUGAAACAAGCGUGCACGAUGCACGCCAGAAGUUCGUACGGAUGCGGGCCAGUCUCGCCGUGCACGACACCGCCAGGGUCGGUGCCUGUGAAGUCAGCUUCUCCCCCAAUCGCCGCUCUUUUCACAGCGGCACAGGACCCAACUCUGGCACGCAUUGAAGCGGCAUGUGAGCGGCAAGAGGAAUGGUGCCACCGAGCAGCUCUCAUCGGUUUUUUGUCCCAGACGACGGCAGGCAUCUCUGUUUAUGGGUUCGUACUUGAUCGUGCUUUUGUCCAUACUAGCUUUGGAGCACUGUGUACAACAACAUGGUUCAUCCUCGGCCGCUCCUUGGGGGCAUAGCUCUGUCACCCUUUCCGUUGCUUAGCUUAAUAAAUUACUCUACUUUACUCUGCCAUAUCACCCCUUUGUGUCGCCGAGCUUUACUCUACUUUACUCUGCCAUUUGGUUUCUGAUGAAGAACAUCAUCAUCAUCAUCAUCAUGAAUGUCUCCUCAGAGCUCAGAGUCUUCACAUGUUACCACAGUUCUGUCAGAGUCCCCCAUAACCAACAGGAAAAAAAAAAAAGCAAAAAAGAAACGAAAUAUUGGAAGUCUAAGAAGAGAGGAAAGAGAUGAGCUACGAGUUGACUAACUUAACGGCUUUUUUUUUUUUUUUUUUUUUUUUUUUUUUUUUUUUUUUUUUUUUUUUUUAAGGGGACAGUGCUGACUUAACGGCUUAAAGUUUGAGAUGCGGGGAACUCAAAGCGGGUCAUCGAUCAGAACAUUUGUCCAAAGUAGCAGUAGUUGCAGAAGGGCAAUUAUAUAAUCAGCUGUUCAUUAUGAUCGUCGUUGUUGUUGUUUUUUUGGUUUAAGUAGGUAUGUUCUCUGUUUUAUUCCCUUGAGUCUCAGAGAGGUCACGACCCAUAUUAGGCUGUGCUUGGCCGCCGAGGAGGUUUGUCAUUUAAUAUAAGCGCUAAAAAUAAAAGAUCAGACGCAGA